ACAUCUAGUUUACCACUUGUGCAGAUAUUAGAAAGAGGAUCGAUGGGGCUUCUGGUUAAUAUUGUGAUGAGGCCCUGCCUGGAAUUUUGGGGAAGGAAAUGGAAUUUACUAGACAUAGCCACUGCAGUUGUGUUUUUCAUUCUGCAUUGUCUUUGUGCGAUGGCGCCAUUUCAUUUCACGUGGCCUGCCUUUUGGCUGGCCUGUGCUCUCUAUCUUGUGACGGGUUUAGGAGUGACUUUGUCUUUCCAUAGAAAUCUUGCUCACAAGAGUUUUCGUAUGCCGAAAUGGCUCGAGUACUUGUUUGCUUACUUCGGGGUUCUCUCACUUCAGGGAAGUCCAAUAGAAUGGGUGAGCUCACACCGAUAUCAUCACCAGUUUACUGAUACUGAGAAAGAUGUUCAUAGCCCUCGUCAAGGAUUUUGGUUUAGUCACAUGGGUUGGAUCCUCGAUAGCGGCUCUCGGUUUGGAAAAUAUGGAGGACUGAAGAACGUUGAAGAUUUGAAAAGGCAAGCCUUCUAUAGGUUUCUUCAUCGUACUUAUCUUCUGCAUUCAAUUGUUCUACUUGGAAGUUUACUCUAUGCCGCCGGUGGAGUUCCCUUCUUGGUGUGGGGGAUGGGGGUAAGAAUGGUAUGCGUUUUCCAUAGUACUUUGUUAGUAAAUUCAGCCGGCCACAUGUGGGGUAAACAAGUGUAUCACACUGGUGAUACGUCAAGGAACAAUUGGUGGUUGGGUUUGUUAGCACUUGGAGAAGGAUGGCACAACAAUCACCAUGCUUUUGAUUACUCAGCUCGACAAGGUUUUGAAUGGUGGCAAAUUGAUUUUACUUGGUAUGUAAUAAGAUUUUUCCAACUACUUGGAUUGGCAACAGAUGUAAAAACACCAACUGAGUCUCAAAAGCGACGAAAGGCUUUAAAGAGUAAAAUGAUGGCUACUUCACAUUAACUUGAAAGAGUUUGAGAGAUAGCUUGGGCUACCAGUAUGUUACCUUUUAUGUUUGGCUUUAGUAUUUUUGGUAAUUUUUAGAUUUUCUAAUACUUUCCAAUAUUGUAUUAUUGUAAUCGGUUUACGGAGGUUGAUGAUUCACCUAUGGGUGGAACCACACUAAGGGCUACAGUGGGCUGUAGCCCAGUGUGGUUUUUUAAGAAAAAAAAUAUAAAACUUAUAUAUUUAACUUAUUUUCAAUAUUAGCCCAGUC